AACCAUCCGCUCCUCACUCAUUUUGACAUUCAUUCUUUUAUCUUAGACUCCACUUGUCGGGAAGUACGCUGUUAUUUAUGAAAUGAUUUCUUCAAAUCUGGUGGUGAUUGUCCAUUACCUACUCCUCCUUGCUCAAAGCUCACCGUCGACCGGCCGACAUGUCUUGGAACGUAGGGAUCCCGCCCUAACCACAUCACCUUCAGGAAAUUACGCGCCGGUGUAUGACAAGUGCCCUGCACGAUUCUACCUCAGAGAGCCAAAUAAACUGACGAACGGACGGGCUGAACUCAGCGAUGUGGAACGUAACUAUAUUACCGAGAAGGCUCAAAAGUCGAUCAAUCCUUGGCGGAAAUACUUGGAAAAUGUCAAGUUGAAAGACUUCGAUAUCAAUUCAUUUCUGCGUGAAGCUGAGAACCGGGGAGGUUUGGCUGGAGAUACUCUUCCUAACUUUGGCCUCUCUCUGAGUGGUGGCGGAGGACGAGCACUUUGCCUCAGUGGCUCAAUUCUUGAAGCAUUUGAUUCCAGAAAUCCGAGGGCAGAUGCAGCCAGAGUUGGCGGUAUUCUGCAGCUUUCUAACUAUGCGGUAGGCGUUUCUGGCGCAAGUUGGCUUCUAGGAGCUUGGGGCACAUCCAAUUUCCCUCCUAUUUCUGAUAUGGCUCCCAAGUGGCGCUUAUCCGAACAAAAUGAUCUGUGGGAUUGGAACGUGGUGAAACACUAUAGGAAGGUCUACAAAGUCGUCAAACAGAAGAAGCUGGCGGGCUUUGCCACAAAUAUCAUUGAUGUCUGGGGUCGCCUUCUUUCUCGACUAUUCAUAGAUGACCCGACGCAAGAAGAUCCAAAUCAAGGCGAAGGUGUACUCUGGUCGUCUAUCUCACAGACUCCCCUAUACAAAGACCGGCAAGUUCCUUACGUCAUUUCAGUCGCCACCAGUCGACCGGGCAUCAAGGAAGAUUUCACUCCUUAUAGUCCUAUCUACGAGUUUUCGGCUGAAGAGUUUGGGGUUUUCCAUCCUCGUCUCAAUGUAUCCAUCCCGAUGCAGUACCUCGGAUCUCCUCAAAAUUUGAACGGGGUUCACAAUACUUGCGUCCGUGGCUUCGAUAAUGCCGGGUUUAUCAUGGGACUGUCCAGCAACAUAUAUUCUAUGAUAGACUCGCCUAACGACCAUAAGCCGAUGGUUUUAAAGAUAGUCGACAAGAUCACUGAUGAUGAUAACUUUGAAGGAAAGGUGCCUAAUACAUUCCAAAAUUUGGGGCAAGUGCCAGAAGACGACUCGCCAGGCUUUCAAGACAACUCACGCGACACAAUCUUGAUGGCGGAUUGUGGAUUUAUCAACGAAUCCAUACCGAUUUACACCUUAUUGCAGCCAGAGAGAAAGAUUGAUGCAAUCAUCGCUGUCGACGCAAGUACAGAUGGUAAAGAGGCGGAUCCUACCUUGUUAAGAUAUCCAAAUGGAACAGCCUUAUUUUCGUCUUAUUCGAGGACACUGCUCCCAAUGUAUAGAGGACGCCACAUGCCAAAGAUCCCGAGUUCAAUCAAUGGAAGCUUUACCGACUUGGGUUAUCACCGACGACCCACAUUUUUUGGCUGUAAUGACUUCCAGGGCCCUUUGAUAAUUUAUCUGCCGAACUACUAUGCAGUAGGAGAGACAAACCAGCCAACCUCGAAAACAACAUAUACUCCCGAAGAGAUUCAAAUCUUUUACGAGAAUGGCUUCGCGAUAGCCACCCAGAAUGCCGGACCCACCAGGAAUCCAGACUGGCCAGCGUGUCUGGCUUGCGCCUUGAUCGACCGCCAAGUUCUGCGAAAUUCGGCUUCCAGAACGGCCGAAUGUCAAGCUUGCUUCCAACAGUAUUGCGCAAAGGAUUAGGCAGAAUUUCCCUCAAGUUCAACAUGGCCAUUGAGGUCUUUCUCUUUUGCGCCAGCACCUCUCACAUAAUUAAGCACUCAGACCACAUAGAAUCGAUGGACUGAUGAGAAAUAUGGGCCAUCAGGAGAUUUGACGAUUUUUCUAGUAUAUACUUACCACUAACGUCGAUGUUACUAAAAGAGUUGAUCUUUUUCACAUAUUUCCCAACUGCUAUCUGCAGAUGGCAGUCAUUUCUAAUCCUUAAAAAAAUCAAGUCUUAUUCAUCUCAUUACGUUGUUAUAAUAGAGGGCUUUUUCUGUCCGAUUCUUUCUCUACCAAAAAAUGAAUAAAGUCAGAAACAUAUUAUUUGAGGAGAGAAGGACCAAUAGCUGAUGCUCUUGGACCAUUU